GGGAUAAGGAAUAAUACGAAGAUGACUAGCAAAGGGUUGCUGAGAGGAGCUUCGUUAACUGCAAACGCAGUUUGGCAUAGAAGCAGUUUCUUCCCAAAGGUAACGGUUAGCGUCCACCCCAAGUUGGUGAAAUUUCAGAGCUUCUCAUCAACCACCGCUUGCUCCUCUCUUCCACCCCCGGAUUUGCCUCGUUUGGCAAAAACUGCUCAAAUUUCACUUACCCCAAACGAGGUUGAAGAAAUUGCUCCCAAAAUUCAACAAGUUAUAGAAUGGUUUGGACAGCUGCAGGGUAUUGAUCUUGAAAGUGUUGAACCCUCGAUCAGAGCAGAGACUGAAAACAAUUUGCGUGGUAAUGCUCCUGAAACAUUUGACCAUAGGGACGCCUUGAUCGCUUCUGUCCCGAGCUAUGAGGAGCCUUAUAUUAAAGUUCCGAGGGUCUUAAGCAUGGACUAAAGUUAAAAUUGCUUAGACGAGUUAUUUGGUAGAAGGAAAACACAUUCAGACUAUUUUAUGUUGUACUUUGAAGUUUGAAUCUUUUUGGUUCUUUGUGACCCAGCUCUUAUUUUGAAUUUUUAUGAGGGAAUUCAGUUCGGCUCGUGAACUCUGCUCUUGCACUAAGUUUUGUUUUAUGAUGAACAUUCGCUAUUUUUUUCUUCUGUAA